AUGGGGGCCUACUUGUCGGAUGUGAAGAUGGUCCUUUCUUUAAGGAAAGCGACCACUGAUCUUGAAUCUAUAGAAUGUUCGGAAGGCUACAGGUACAACUCAAGUGGACAAAGUCCGAUUAAGCUUGACUUUGUUAAUAAGACAAGUGCGGAGGAAGGAUACAUUACAACAUUUUCCAAGACCAACCUGGAAAGUUCUGAUGUUAUUUUAGCAGGAACAGCAAAUGGAUUUGUUCUUAAAUAUUUGCUCCAUGGAGAUAACAACAUAUCAAAGUUUACAUCAUUUCAAAUGGAGAAAGAUGGCCAUACACCAGUAAAAAGUGUUGUUCAGAUUGAGGAUGACUUGACCUUUGUUUCAACAUCUUCAAAGGUUUACAAGUUUUCAAGUACAGAUUGCUCUGAGUUCAUGUCUUGUGAACAAACAAUGGAAGGAAAAAAUCCUCUUUGUGGAUGGUGUGUUUAUUCUCAAAGAGCCACCAGGAGAAAUGCUUGUACACACCAGGAAUAUCUGAACCACUGGCUGUCAGCACUGUCUAAAUGCUCAUCACUACAAUUGCAACCCACAGGGAUUCCCAUUGGCAAAAACAAAAAUGUGACGUUAAAUGUGGCCAAUCUUCCUGAACGCUUAGGAAAUGAUACAUACUUCUGUCAAGUGGAGGGUGAUCAAGAUUUCGUGCGUGCAACUGAAGCAGAGGGAAAACCAAUAAAUUGCAAUAUUGCUGGCACAAGAGAGCAUAAAGAGGUCGCAUUAAGUCUUAUAGUUGAGCACAAUUCAGAGAAAAUUCCAAUAGCCAAUGCAUCUUUCCUAUUUUACAAUUGCUCAACUUUUGAUAGGUGUGGUAAAUGUGUGAAAACCGUUGGAGCUAACUGUACAUGGCACACGGACAAAGGAACCUGUUCUUCGAUUAAAGGUGAUCAACCAAAUAGAGUAAACAAGUUUGCAGAUUGCCCUUUUCUUGAAGAGAUAAACCCAAGAUAUAUUCCAAGUGGAGUUGAUACAAAUUUGAUAUUGCAAAUUGGAAACCUGAACAAGACUUUUCAAGCUGAAGCUGAAUCAUUUCAUGUGAAAUUCGGGUCAAACAAUUUUGAUUGUUUUGAUACAACAGAUGGUUUGACCAAUUGUACAAUUAACGGGACGACAAACAUUAAAAAGCAACACUUGCCUCUUGAAGUAUUUUAUGAAGUGAAUUCCACUAAAGUUUAUCUUGACAAUCAAACGGCAAUGCAUGUUAUUGUGUACAACUGCUCCAAACUUUCACAAGGGAAAUGCAACUAUUGUAAUGCAUUGAAGUCCGACUACAUAUGUCAUUGGCCUUUAAAUGGGAAAGAUUGUGUGUAUGGUCAAAACAUGAGAACAGAGUAUACAUGUCCAAGGCCAGAAAUAACUGGGAUUAUGCCCAGAGAUGGAUUUCUCGGAAAGGGAACAAUAAUCACAGUGUCUGGAAAUGAGUUUGGCACAGAAAAUGAACAAAUUAUGAAUAGAAACAGUCCACUAGUUGUUAAAAAAAAAUGUGUGGGUGAUAUCCAAGACAACUACGUUAGAGAGAUGGAGGACUUUAUUCUAAAAAUUCGAGAAAGCUUUCAGUGUAAACUUGAUGGCUUUGAUUCUAAAAGAGAAAAUGAAACUAAAUUCUUCAUUCAUGACGAAACAUUUCAAUCCGAAAAAGGGCCAAUGGUUGUUCUGCCCACAUGGAUAAAUAAGGAUGAUGUGAAUGUUCUAGCAAUAAAACCUAAGAAGGGUCCAGCAAGAGGUGGAACAGUUAUAACAUUGACUGGAAAGAAUCUUGGUAUUGGUAAUCGAAUUGUUCGGAGUGUGCAUUUCCUGUUAGAUGACGGUGAGCGUUCAACAAGUAUCUGUAACCAUUCAACAGUUCAGUCUGAUUUAAAGCCUAAAAAUCUGUCAAGGGAAGAGUUUUAUAUCACAUGUGAAGUUAGUAUUGAUGACACCAGAGCUGCACACACAAAUAUGACAUUUCAGGAAGUAAAGUUUCCGGAUAGAGAGUUCAUAAAGAAGGGAGUGGAAGCUGAAGAUCUUAUAUUCAACUUUUUACCAAACCCUGUAAUAAAAGAUAUUAAACCAAAAAGAGGAUUCUUGAGUGGUGGUACAGCGUUAACAGUUCAGGGCCAACAUCUGAACAGCGCAAAUGUUGGUACUAUUACAAUUACAUAUGGAGAAGAGACACAGGUAAAAUACUGCACAAUUGAUCCGAAUUUGGCCGACCAAGUUAUAUGUGAAGUACCACCAGCCACACCGGGCAUCAGGAAUGCUUUAGCAAACAAGACUCCCUCUAAAAGUCAAAGGAAGAAAAGAUCAGCAGACUGCGAUGGAUGUAUAAAUGUUGAAAUUACUGUGAAUCUGGAAGGAGUUGAGACGUCUUUUACCAUUUCAUAUUUUCAUGAUCCUUUAAUCAACCAGUUUGAUGAAAAUGUUCGGCUCUACCAAACAGAUCAACAGUAUUUGGAAAUAAAGGGCGAAAAUCUUAACCUUGUUGCGGAGAUGCAUGACAUCAACAUUACGAUUGGAUUAGGUGAAUGUAAUGUUGUGGAGCUCACAGGCAAUUAUAUGCGAUGCAAGGCCCCAAGUUCUCAACCGAAGCCAGGAAUACCGGGAGCUACUUUGCCCGAAGUCAAUGUGACAAUAGGAAACAUACAUAGAACUGUUGGAUACAUUAAGUAUAAAAAAAAGGUCGAGAGGGUCCUUAUCAUAGCCGGAGCAGCAGCUGGAACUGCACUGUUUCUUCUUGUUUUGGUGGUAGCAUUCUUUGUCUGCAAGUAUCGGAAGGCGGGAUCCAAAGCAAAAGCCCUGGAAAAACAACUCAACGACCUUGAAUUGGAAAUCAAGCAUGUCGCAAAAGAAGAGUUCCUUGACAUGCAGACGUCCAUGUCGACAGUUAAUCGUAACCUUAUAGAACAGGGAUUCCCCUACCACUCGUAUCAACAGUACGCGUGUAAUGCCAUGUUCGCUACCGACUAUCUGAUGUCAGAUCAUGUAGUAAGUAGUUACAAGAUGUCUGAUAAAUUGCGGGCUCGAGCGAGGACGGGAAUGGAACGUUUCCAAGGUCUGCUUGAGAACAAGUUCUUCCUCGUUUCCCUGAUAACGACCAUGGAGAAACAGAAACACUUCUUUAUCAAGGAAAAAUCCAAUUUUGCUGGCAAUCUAUGCGCCAUCAUGAUGGGACGUAUGGACUACAUGCAUGAAGUGUUACAAGUUCUGAUCACCCAAUUGGUUGAGGACCCUUCUUCCAAGAGAGGCGUGAAAUCAUUGUUCAGAAGGAGUGAGAGUAUCACGGAGAAGCUUUUGAGUAACUGGCUGUCCCUCUGUUUGUACCCUCACCUAAAGGAUCACACCGGUUCACUUCUGUACCUGUUGUACAUCGCCACCAGGAAAACGAUGGAGGCUGGCCCUAUCGAUGCUUUAACCAAUGAUGCAAAGUACACACUGUCAGAGGAGAAACUGCUCCGGAAAUACCAAGGCUCGGCCACAGACGAGGAAACAACGGAUGUGAAGUUUGAGGCUAAAGCACUGACAUUGAACGUAGUGGUCGACAAUGGACAGGAAAUCUACCCAUGUAAAGCUCUCGACUGCGACACAGUUAACCAGGUGAAAGCAAAGUGUCUCGACCAGAUCUAUGUCAACUACCCGGCCUCGCAACUUCCCGUAGAUACCACUGAACUUCUUCUUGAGUGGCAUGCCGGAUUCAGCGGACGUAUGAUACUUCGUGAUAAAGACAACACGUCCAAGCUUGAUGGUGAAUGGAUUCGUGUUAACACAAUGGCCCACUACGCAGUAGCCGACCAAAGCAACAUGGCUCUCGUAGAUCCAAGAAAUGCUGAGCUCAGUCAGCAGGAGGAUUAUGUGAACUUGGCACAGAUUGAUCCUGGCUUCGAUGUCCUCAGUAUGGGGUCUGACCAACCGUUGACGGCCGAUUGUCCCACUUCGCAUGACGAAGAAAACCCGAUGGAACUAAAACGCUGGCACUUGCUGAAGGAUGAAGAUGGCAACAAGAAGGAGAAAACUGCUAUUGAUGAGCUGUACUUGAACAGGCUUAUCACAACCAAGUUGUCGCUGGUGAAGUACAUUGAUGACUUGUUCAGCCUGGUAUUGGAGAGCAGCAAGUGUCCUGCGCCCGUCAAGUUCCUCUAUGAUUUCCUAGAUGGUCUUGCAGAAAAACAAAGAAUAGAUCCCGACACACUCCAUGCCUGGAAAAGCCAUAGCUACUCCAUUCGCAUCUGGGCCAUGCUUAUCAAGACACCGUCAAUUCUGUUCGAUAUCAAUGCCCCGUCCUAUGUUACGGAGAGUCUGGAUGUAAUUAGCCAAGUCUUCAUUGAGAGCUUCAGUCGCACGGAACAGGCCGUUUCAAAGGAAUCGCCAACUCAGAAGCUUAUUUUCCGAAAUGAGCUGUUGAAGUACAGAACACAUGUUCAGGAGUUCUACAAAACUGUUAAAGAGAAUGUCCAGAAACCCGAUGAGCUGAGACAAUACUUGACAAGUAUUAACAGAAACCAGCAGGAAACCACUUUCAACAAGAACGCAGCUCUUUACAGAUUAUACGAGCAGAUCAAGCCAUAUACAGACGAGAUUCUUGACGACCUGGCAAUCUGCAAGGAGACCAGACGUCUGCAGUUGAACAAGAAACUAGAGGACAUAUUCUCUAUGAUGGAAGAAUAGAAAGAAAGUUGUUUUCCCAACUUGGAGGAAUAGGGCAGUUUUGAACAGAACAGAGUUAUUUUAUUUUAGUGAUUUCGGCUUAAAAUUGUUUGAACAAGAAUUUUGUUCAUUGAGUAAAAAAUCCAGAAUUUCUUUCAUA